UGUGAGUUUUGCCGAACAGUGAAGAGACGUGGACGUGUUUAUGUUCUGUGUACUGCUAAUCCCAAGCACAAGCAGCGGCAGGGCAUCUCCACAUUUGCGUACCAAGGCCUGAUACCACCAGCGUACGUUUUCUCGAGGUCCUUAACGGCAAACUCGAAGGAGAUGACAUCAUUUGCUGCUGAUGGUGCCAAAAGUGGUUUGCCUUCACUCAUAUCCCACAAGAAUGACGCAUUUACUGUGACACCUUGGUGGAAAGUUGGUCUUGUCUCUCGUCUGUUCAAUCAGAGCAGCAACCAGUAG